AACUAUCCAAAAAGUGUCAUUUGUGUCCUAAACUAUUCAAAUUCAAUGUCAUAUGCCACACAGAUGCUAACUAAAUUUUCUGUUAAAUACUAACAGUCAACGCCAGUCAAUAUUAAUGGAACCGAGUAAAAUAAUUCAACCUGAUAAAAGAACUGAGCAAAAUAAUGACUAAGUUGCUUUUGAUAAAGAGAAGCUAAUUAAAGCUUACUCGAUUUUAUCCCGAUGAGUUUGUUAACCUUUCUUACUCAAUUCUUUAAAUCCAUCCAUCCAUAUUUCAUCCAACCAAAAACUAUUCAUUUUAAACCCACCCACAUAUAUUACUGUUUACCCAUAAAAAUACCAGCUUGUACAACAUCGAUUAAUUACAAGAGAUUUAAUAGAUUUAUAAGGCCAGCUCAACACUAAUAAUUAAAAGAGCUUUUUGGAUUGGGUUUUUGGGCCUAAGUGGCCAAACCCCUUCUUCUAUAUACGAUGGUCAACCCGUCUCCGUUUGACUAGGUAUGGAGCUAACAGGGUACCAAGCCGGCAAGACAUGGUUGGUACCCAAGCAUGAAAUUUGGCAAAGUCUUGAGCCAAGAGGGUACCAAGACGACAAGGGAGGGCUUGGUACCAAGAAAUGAAAAGCAUGAAUUUGGCUAAGUAUGGAGCUAAGGGGGUACCGAGCCGGCAAGACAGGCUUGGCAGCCAAGCAAGGCGACAGGGUACCAUAACCCCAAGGGGGUAUCAAGCCAACAAGACAAGAAAUUCGACUAAGGCAUGGUGGCUAGCUGAGGUAGCCACCCAACUAGGUACCAAACAGCCAUGGAUGGAUCGGCCAGGAUGCAAAGCUGAGCCCUUAUGGGGCCAUAUGGAGACAAAUUCACAAGAACCAAGACGAUAAGGCAGGGCUUGGUACCAAGACAUGAAAAGCAUGAAUUUGGCUAAGUAUGGAGCUAAGGGGGUACCGAGCCGGCAAGACAGGCUUGGCAGCCAAGCAAGGCGACAAAGGUACCAUAACCCCAAAGGGGUAUCAAGCCAACAAGACAAGAAAUUCGACUAAGGCAUGGUGGCUAGCUGAGGUAGCCACCCAACUAGGUACCAAACAGCCAUGGAUGGAGCGGACUUAUGGGGCCAUAUGGAGACAAAUUCACAAGACGGGUUUGGUAGCACCUUCAUGGGGGUACCCAACCGGCAGGGUGCAACUUACCAACUUGACGAGGCUACAAAAACUAAGUAUGGAGACCAAGCCACUAGGGAUGGCUUGGUAGCAAGGGGUGUCAAGUUGAUUAUAUGGGCUUGGUGGCAUGCCAGAAGGUAUCAAGCCGAUGAGACGGCUUGGUAACAACCAAUAAGUUAAUGAGGAGGACUUGGUGUCAUGAGGUGGUAGCGGUCUCAGGAGCGGGGAGUCAUCAAGCAGUCGAGGGUGAGAUCAAGACCUCAUCAUGGUUCAUGGAGGCUAAGCCAAGAGCCUCGACCCCAUCCAGUUAUGACAGGGCGACAAGACUCAACACCAACCCGACCCGGCAUCGAGGCCAUCAAGUACCCACCAACUCCAAGACGGGACAAGGGCCCCAAAGGCGACGGUUACCAACUAGUCACCAAGGCGGCGACAAGGACCCCGAGGCGGUUUGGAGCAAGAGGCCAGCUAGCAGUUAGCAAGGCGGUUACCAAGGCAGUUACGCCUAGUGGCUAUAAAUAGAAGAAACGAAGAAGAAGCAAGGGUUCCACAACCAAACAUUUGACACACUAUGUCAAACUUUAUCAUUCCUAUCCAAUAUAGCAACUAGCAAUAGCUGUAGUUUUUAGUUUCUGGAGCUCUCGCUUAACCUCCAUAGGAGUUCAAACACAAGAUUUUCCUCGCAACAAUUACAUAUUUGUUUUAUACAAAGCACAAAUCGAUUACUCCAACGUAUGAAAACUCGAUUGUCACUUCUUCCCGGAAGAAGGAAUGCACAUAACCCUUGGGCUAUGGAUGAUUGGGACAUUCAUGAAGUCAAAAGUCCAUUCAAAUGUCAUGCAUGAACAAACAACCACACUCGAAUGUAAAUUAAAUUAUCUCAGUUCUCAGCUGAUAAUUCAUGAACUAUUAUACUGUUGGUUUCAUUCAUUUGCAACAUUACAUGUACCAAAUUUGUGGCUGCAUUCUGUCUAUGUCAUAAGCACAUGAGCAAACCUUGAAUACCUAAAAAACUUUGACAUUCUCUAGGAGUUGGUGCACAAUCAAAGCCUUUCCUAAUCAUGGGUUUGGUCAAUGUUUUCAAAAUUAGAUUGGUAUGAAUUUACAAAUUUGGAUUCGUUGAAAAUAAACCGGAUUUAAUUCAAUAAUGCUAUAGAUUCAAC